CCCACGCACUCGCCACCGUCCGAUCGUCUCCCCGCACGGAUCUCCAGGCGCAUCCGACGCCCUCCUCCUCAAAACCCUCACCCACUUUAGCUUCUGGCCUUCUUCUCUCGCCCUCCUUCCACCUUCCCCUCCCCCGAGACCGGCGCCGCCCGAUCUCCCGAUCUGCUCCUGCCCGCCCCCGCGCGCUCCGGCCCGCCGAGGAUCCGCGCGGGGCGCUCCCGAUUUGCGGCGCGGGCGGUGUGUUCCUGGAUCAGGUGGGCGUGGGGGCGCGCGGGAUUCGCGGCCCAUGGCCAACCCCGACGACGGCGGCGGGCGCAAGUUCUGGCGCUCCGCGUCGUGGUCGGCGCCCCGGGCCGCCGAGGCGGGGCCGGAGGCGGCGCCGCUCCCGCCCCGGAUGGGGCCCCCGCCGCUCACCCCGCGGUCGAAAGGCCGGGCCUGCCUCCCGCCGCUGCAGCCGCUCGCCAUCACCCGCCGCAGCCUGGACGAGUGGCCCAAGGCGGGCUCCGACGACGUGGGCGAGUGGCCCAACCCCACCACCCCGGGCGCCUCCAAGGCGGGCGGCGGCGGCGGCGGCCCGGGCUCCGCCAAGCCCGGCGAGGGCCUCCGGCUCGACCUCUCCACCCUCCGCUCGCAGGGCCGCAAGGACCAGAUCGCCUUCUUCGACAAGGAGUGCUCCAAGGUGGCCGAGCACGUCUACCUUGGCGGCGACGCCGUCGCCAAGAACCGCGACAUCCUGCGCAAGAACGGCAUCACCCACGUCCUCAACUGCGUCGGCUUCGUCUGCCCGGAGUACUUCAAGUCGGACCUCGUCUACCGCACGCUCUGGCUGCAGGACAGCCCCACCGAGGACAUCACCAGCAUCCUCUAUGACGUGUUUGAUUACUUCGAGGACGUGAGGGAGCAGGCUGGGCGCGUGUUCGUGCAUUGCUGCCAGGGGGUGUCGCGCUCGACAUCGCUGGUGAUAGCGUAUUUGAUGUGGAGGGAAGGGCAGAGCUUCGAUGACGCAUUCCAGUUUGUGAAGGCUGCCAGGGGGAUCGCGAAUCCGAACAUGGGGUUUGCCUGCCAGCUGCUUCAGUGCCAGAAGCGGGUGCAUGCCAUUCCUCUGUCCCCAAACUCAGUGCUCAGGAUGUAUCGGUUGGCACCUCACUCCCCAUACGCUCCACUGCAUCUAGUGCCCAAAAUGCUGAAUGAGCCCUCGCCUGCCGCCCUCGACUCUAGGGGUGCAUUCAUAGUUCAUGUGCUCUCGUCGAUUUAUGUUUGGGUUGGAAUCAAAUGUGAUACAGUAAUGGAGAAGGAUGCGAGAGCGGCAGCUUUUCAGGUGGUGAGGUAUGAGAAGGUGCAGGGGCAGAUCAAAGUUGUCAGAGAAGGGUUGGAGCAACCUGAAUUUUGGGACGCCUUUUCCAGUGCACCUAUUAAUUCAGACAGCAAAAUGAAGCUUGGCAAGGAGCAGAUCGAUUCGCCAUCCAGGACUGGCGUGGGAAGCCGGAGAGUGGAAUCUUAUGAUUCUGAUUUUGAGCUCGUCCAGAAAGCGAUAGCUGGGGGUGUUGUUCCAGCAUUCUCGUCUUCUGGUACUGAAGAUGAGACCCAUCUUCCAGCGAGAGAAAGUAGCUGGAGUUUACUAAGGCGCAAGUUUAUCUCGAGAUCACUAUCUCGAGUUUAUUCAGAUUCUGCUCUGAUAAGGGAUUUGGAUCCACGGGUGCAGCACUUGACUGCAGAGGCAUCAAUAUCACCGCCUUUCCUUUCUCCGAGCUCUUUAUCAUCAGAUUCAACCAUUAGUUCAAAGUCUCCUCUUCGCCAGUCAUCUAAUGCGGAACAUUCGAAGCCCGUCCUGGGAUCAAUACGCUCUCCGUCCAAGGUCUCAUCUAUAGCAGAAAGAAGAGGAGGAUUUUCAUGUCUGAAGCUGCCAUCACUCCCAAAGGAGCUAGUAUUGCCACCAAGGGCACCAUCUAUUCACAAAGCAGAGGAAGCCACGGAUAAGAGUAAUACCAAUGGUGUGAAACAGCUUACUGGUGUUUCUUGCCCAGAGAAAUGCACCGGAACUAGUUCAACAGCAACUGACAGCAACUCAGAGGCUACUGUCCACGGUGAGACCAUAUUAAUUGAGCAUACUAACUCAGAGGCCUGUAAUUAUGUUCAACUACUAGUCUACCGAUGGCCCUGCAUGGAGAAGCUGACUGCAUUCGCUCGCAAGGAUCUUGACCCAAAAACAGUUUUUAUUUUUGUUGCUCCUAAUGCCAGCAGAAGUGCAGAAGCAGUUAAAAUGGUAUGCGUAUGGGUAGGAGGUGAAUAUGAGUGUAGUAAAGGUGUUGAAAGUAUUGAUUGGCAGCAAGUUGCUGGUGAUUUUCUUAAUCAGAAGGGGUUCAGCAAUACUCUUCCUGUUAAGGUUUUCAAGGAGCAUGAAACCGAGAAUCUUUUGGAGGUGCUGGAUGCUCGUUAACAGUAGGUCAGGGUAUUCUACUAGCUUAACAAACAGCCGCAAACUAUCAAUUCAAUGAAGGCAUUUCCUCCAGCAUCGCUCCAUGUAGUGGCGACUGUCAGGCGAGGUAUAAGCCGUGACAACCGUUCCCUCCUGAACAUAUAGGCUACAGAUUCCAUUUUAGUAGAACAGAUGGAUUGGCAAUUUGUGCCUUUUUUUUUUCAGACUUGUUUGUGUCAAAAUGGCAGGAGGCUGCCAGAGCGUUGUAUCUGUGUGAAUUAACACACAGAGAUUCGGUUUUGGCGCAACCGGGUGUAUAUUAUCUGCUUCACUGUAAUGUAAGCCCAUAGGCCGGGAGAUCGAUGGUGUCGUUUUUACCCCCUGAAAAUCAUGUACAUCUCAGGGUAGAACAGAUUUGUAAUCCUCUUGGCCUACAGGUGUCUCUGCUGGUCUUAACUUUUAACCUUGAACCCGGCUAUUUGCUGUCCUGCUCAUGUCGUAUUAGCAAUGUACUUCCAGACUCUGGUCAUAUUCAUACUUGCUAUCUCAUACAAAGUUCCCUGUU